AUGAGUUAAUUAGUAGACUAUGAAUGGAAAAAACAAUGUGAAGGGAUCAUUUGGGAUUACAUUUACAAUCCACCAAGAAAAAUAAGAACAAAAUACUUAAUAUCUCAGACAAAUGAAAAGGAAAUUAUGUACACUUUAGAUGGAUGUAGUUUGAAAAUGUAACAAUUCAUUUUUCUAAUCUUAGAGAUAGAAUUAUUGGCCCAUCAAAAGAGCUUGAUUUGAUGAACAAUUUAGAAUAAAUAAAACAUUUGUAAUGGAUAGGAUAAUAUGGAUAAAAUAACGUAAAAAUUGGUAAAUGGAUAAUAAGAUGGAAUGGUGAAACGUUAAAAGAUGUUGGAGGAUAAUACUCUAAUGAUGGAAAAAAAUAAGGAAGGUGGAAAGAGUUAUUUUCAAAUUAUUGGAAGUAAAAUUUUUUGUAUUAUUUAAUUAGUAAAGCUUAAGUUUAUGAAGAGGGAGAUUAUGUUGACGAUUAAAGGUAAGGAACUUGGAAGUAUGUUUAAGAAGAUAGAUAGAUGUAUUUGAUAUAUGAUAAUUAUUUUAGUGGAGGAGGAUAAUAUAAUUAGCUUGGAGAAAAGGAUGGAAAAUGGAUUCAGUCGAGCUCAGGAUAUUGGGAUUUCUCCUAAGUCAUUGAUUGUGGCUUUUAUAAAAAUGGAAAAAAAAUUGGCAAAUGGGAUAUCUUGUAUAGGAAGAAAGGGAAGGAAUAGUUUUAAUAUCGGUAAAAUGUAUAAAUAACAUUAUAUAGAGGUGGGGGAUAAUAUGAUGAACAAGGCUCUAAGAAAAUUGGAAAAUGGAUUGAAUUAAGUGAUGGAUUUUAUGAUUUAUCUUAAAUCAGUUAUAAGGGUGAAUAUUAUAAUGGUAAAAAAGUAGGGAAAUGGCAAAUUUUUUUUGGGGAAAAUCAAAUGUAACAUUAUUUAUUAAUUAUUUUUUCUCAAGUGGUGGUGGAUCAUAUGCAGAAGUCGAUUAAAUUAAGAUUGGAAAAUGGAUUGAAUAGAGCGAUGGUUUUUAUAUUGAUUCUUAAAUAAUUUAUGAUGGUGAAUACAAAAAUGGUAUGAAAAUUGGUAUGUGGAAUAUCUCUUUAAAGGAUAAGAAAUCAGGAUAAACUUAAUAAAUGUAAAUAUUUUUUUUAAUUCUUUCUAUGUAGUGGAGGUGGAUAGUAUGAUUAAAAUGGAUCAAUAAAAAUUGGAAAAUGGAUUGAGUAAAGUGAUGGAUUUUAUGAUCUGUCUCAAGUCAUUUAAAAAGGUGAAUAUAAAAACGGUAAAAAAGUUGGCAGAUGGGAUAUUUUAUUCAGAGAGGACUUUUCGGAAGAAUUCCUAUUGAUGUAUCAAAUUUAAACAAACCUUAUAGUGGAGGCGGAUGGUAUGAUGAAGCAGGUUCCUUUAAAUCUGGCAGAUGGAUUGAAUUAAGUGAUGGAUUUAAGAUUUGGUCUUAAGUAACUUUUGAUGGUGAAUAUAAAAAUGGUAAAAAGGUGGGCAAAUGGGGUACUUUUUAUAGGGAUGUGAGUUCAAAAUAAAAUGAAUUAAUGUAAAAUUUAUAUAAACUAAAACCUUAGUGGUGGAGGAUCAUAUGACGAAGUAAGCUCGCUUAAAGUUGGAAAUUGGAUUGAAUUAAGCGAUGGAUUUGCAUGGAAUUCUUAAUACACUUAUAAAGGUGCUUAUAAAAAUGGGAAAAAAAUAGGCAAAUGGGAUAUUCAUUUCGAUUUUGGAGGAAAUCAUUAAAUGUAAAAUGAUGUUUUUUAAAUUUAACAAAAUAUAUAGAGCGGGUGGAUUGUAUGACGAAGUUGGCAAUGGAGUUAAGAUUGGAAAAUGGAUAGAGUUAAGUGAUGAGUUUAGGGAUGAUUCAAUAAUUACUUAUAAGGGGAACUAUAAAAAUGGUACCAAAGCAGGUAAAUGGGAGAUUUUCUUUUUGGAAAAUUAAAUGUAAGUCAUAUUCUUAUAUAUUUUACAAUUUAGUGGUGGUGGAUAAUAUGGUGAAGAAGGAAAUGGUAUUAAGAUUGGAAAAUGGAUUGAAUAAAGUAAUAGAUUUGUUAGUUGGUCAUAAAUUACGUAUAGUGGUGAAUACAAAAACGGGAAAAAAAUAGGAAGAUGGGAUAUUUUUACUAAAGAUAGGAAUACAAAAAAGAAUGAAUUGAUGUAAAUAAAAUGAAAUUUUUAGUGGUGGUGGAUCAUAUGAUUAAAAUAAUUAAAUAAAGAUUGGAAAGUGGAUUGAAUUGAGUGAUGGGUUUUAAUGCGAUUCUUAAGUGAUUCAUAAGGGUGAAUAUAAAUAAGGUGAAAAAAUAGAUAGAUGGGAUAUAUUAUUUAGAGGGGAAUAUCAGUCAGAAUUUAGAUAGAUGUAAAUUUUGAAUAUAUUUAAUUUAUAGUGGAGGUGGAACUUAUAAUAAUGGAAUUAAGGUUGGGAGAUGGAUUGAGUUAAGUGAUGAGUUUUACGAGUAUGCUUAAAUCACAUAUAAUGGUGAAUAUAAAAAUAAUAAAAAAAUACUUAGAUGGGAUAUUUGUUUCAGAGAAAAGGAAAAUGAUAAAUUUGAAUAAAUGUAAAUUUUAAAAGGGCUAUUUUAGUGGUGGUGGAUCGUAUGAUGAUUCAGUGGAUGAAUGCUCAGUUAAAAUUGGUAGUUGGAUUGAAUUGAGUGAUAAUUUUGGAGACGGGUCAGGAUAAUCAAAAAUCACUUUGAAUGGUUAAUAUAAAAAUGGCUCAAAAGUUGGUAAAUGGAUUUAAAUGGAUUUAUAUUGGAAUUAGAAUUGUGGUGAAAUUGAAUAUGAUAUUUGA